AUGAACAACUACAGCCCACCGGCUAUACCAUCAUCCCAGCUAUCAACACCAGCCACAUUUGAUCCACACACUCCAACACCAAAAAAGCCUAGCACAAGGCACAAGAUCCUCCCUUAUUCAGCUAAUCCUUUCUCUUGUAAGAAGCAACAACUGAUUUUGUGUUCUUGGACAGAUCUAAAUUUUGGGAAUCAGGAAAAAAUGAAGAAAAGAGUUGGCGCUCGUAUCAGGAAACCUCUUUCAUGCACGACUGGAACUGCGCCCGCCCAUGUCUCCCCCAACCAUUCAUUUGGUGUGUUGGAUGUUCGCGAGGAAUACGCCAAUGCCUUCCGUACAGAAUCGUACAUAGACUUUUGGACGCGUGUCAUUGAACUAUCCAACGGCCAUUGUUCUCCGGCUAUGUCAGUCGAGUCCACCACCGCAGCUCGGCUCCCAUCCUAUCGGCUAUUCGCCGAGCAUCUUUUAGAUCCGAACCAAGCUACGGUUAUACGGAUCCUGGAUUUGACCCAUAAUGGACCUAAGAUCCACACACUAUUGUCUGAUUAUUUCACACAAACCGCCAAUACUUCUAUCCUAUGUGGCCUUCUAUUAAAGGAAAUUGAAAGGACACGUGUCAAAUACCGAUCUUUCAAAACCACCCUCCAAUCACUUGAAACCGCUCAAUUAUUGCCCGAAAAUCGUCUUUCAAACAUCAAAACCCUGUUAACCGAAUGUUCUAAUUCCAUCAACCCGUUUGUCUCACUCAUAUCAUCCCCAAAUCGGGUCCGUGUUGUUCAAUCAGGUUGCUCCGGACUACUCCAACGUCUCGAAUCAAGCCGUGAUAAGGCUCGAGCCAAGCUCCAGCUCAUCAACAAGCUAAAACACGGCUCAGCACUUGUCCUCGUGGCGCUGACAGCUUCACUAAGUGUGAUUGUUGUGACUCAUGCUCUAUCAUUAGUUGUGGCCAUCCCAAGCUUGAUUUCGGCUUCAAUUGAGCUCGCAUCGGCGAGAAAGCUAGCUAGGGUGAUGGCUCAGCUCGAUGCAGCCACAAAAGGGACCUACAUACUAAGCCGAGACUUGGACACAAUUAGCCGGCUGGUGACACGGCUAAAUGAUGAGCUUGAGCAUAUUCGUGUAAUGGCCAAAUUUUGGUUGGAUCGAGGAGAUGAUUGGCUUCAAGCUAGCGGCGAAGUGGCGCGCCAGCUGAAGAGGAACGAGUCUAGCUUCAAUGAGCAGCUUGACGAGCUAGAAGAGCACUUGUAUUUGUGCUUCAUGACCAUAAACCGAGCCAGAAACCUUGUGGUUAAGGAGAUUCUCAAUCCGGCUGAACCAACUAAACAGCACUAUAUAUUAUAGACUAUAGUACAUAAUUUACUUUGUUAUUGAA